UUUCCCAUGUAGCAUCCCCUCCACACGACACAGGACUCAUUGGCGUCUGUGACACUGUUUGAAUGUGCACUAGUGAGUGAAAAGCAGCAGACAACAUGACCAUUAGAAACGCUCUUCGUGAUCAUGGACAGAGGUAUCGACCACGGAUGGCAUGUCUCAAGAAGGCGGAGAAGGUGAUACUGGAGAUGCAGGACCCCAAAACAGGAGUGAAGUCACAGCCGCAGAGACUCGUUAUCACAACGAUACCGCAUGCUAUCACUGGUGAAGACAUAAUUGCUUGGUUAGCUGACAGACUUCAAAUAGACGCACAAGAGGCGAGGAGUUUUGGCUCCAUGCUGGUGGCGUUAGGAUACAUCUACCCCAUUCAAGACCACAAACGUUUAGUGAUCAAACCAGAUGCAUCCCUCUAUCGCUUCCAGACACCGUAUUUCUGGCCCACGCAGCAGUGGCCUGUUGAGGAUACAGAUUAUGCGAUCUAUCUGGCGAAAAGAAACAUACGUAAGAAAGGACUCCUGGAGCUGCAUGAGCAGGAACAGUAUAACCGUCUCCACAAGUGGAUGAAUCAUAAAUGGGAUUUCAUAGUGAUGCAAGCAAAAGAACAGUACAGGGCUGCAAAGGAGAGGAGGAAACCAGACCGUGUGGUGUUUGAGUGCCAGGAGAGAGCGUACUGGGUGGUUCAUAGACCUCCGCCAGGGACAGUGAGCGCCAUGGACUAUGGACUGGAUCGACGGAUAGAUCCUAAUGCAGAGGAGAUGAAAACUCACAUCUAUUACGAGAAAGUCAUGAUCUUUACCCAGCAGUCCAUCAUGAGGCCCAGAGUGAAGUCAUCAGUGUCCAUUGGCGCGUUAGUGAAGUACUGUGCCACCUACAGCAGCCACGACCCGUUCCUCUCCAGGUCUCUUCCCAGCAACCCCUGGCUCACCGAUGAUGUCACGUACUGGACCUUGAGCAUGCCUAAUGUGGAAAUACCGACUAAAAUGCGCGUGGAGAGGUGGACGUUCAGUUUCGGAGAGCUGCUGUCAGACCCUCGAGGACGAAAUGACUUCAGACUCUUCCUGAAGAAAGAAUUCAGCGGCGAGAACUUGGCAUUCUGGGAAGCAUGUGAAGAUCUGAAGUGGGGCGCUGCUGCGACAGUGAGAGAUAAAGCCGAGCAGAUCUACAAGACUUUCCUGGCUCGCGGUGCUCCUCGGUGGAUCAACAUUGAUGGAAAGACGAUGGAAGUUACAGUGAAAGGCCUGAAACAUCCACAUAGAUACGUGCUGGACCCGGCUCAAACUCACAUCUACAUGCUCAUGAAGAAGGACUCAUACGGCCGGUACAUGAAAUCCCCAGUAUUCAAGGAGACGUUGAAGAAGGCGUUAUGUCCUGAGGAGCACAAGUUCAGUCAAACUCAGCUGGAGCAGAAUGCGAGGAACAGAAGGCCAAGUCCCAGCCCCAUCGUCCUCCGCCAGCAGGAGCUGGAGCACAAGGCCAAGAUGGCCGCCAGUGUUGACAUCACCCAGGUUAUGAGCAAACUCAGCAAGCAGGGCAAGGAGGUGCCUCCUCCUCGUCCUCCCUCUAAGAGAUAAAGAUGUGAUACUCGGAUACUAAUUAGUCAUUUUAUUUAGUUACAUAGUUUAUUAACUGAUCAUUUAAACAUUUUAAUGCAGUUUUAGUUUGACUUUAAAGCUACUAUAAAUAAUUUAAUAAAAACAGUGGAUGUUAAGCGAGAAAGGUCUCACCAGUAGAGAAUCAUAACGGCGCUGCAGAUUCCCUUUAACUCUGAGAGGCUAUGAGGCGUCUUUUAGCUCAUUGUUUUGGUAUUAAAACCUAAACCUUAAUGUUUUGCUGUUCUCAUGGUGUUAUGUUUUGCUGCUGCAGACAGCUGUUUUCUGCUUAAUGCUUCCAACCUAGAAACCAAUCAAAUACAGAAAAUUAGUGACUAGCUCACCAACAAAGAGGAGGAUUCAUCAGCUCACCAGUUAUUUUCCAGCCAGUGAUUUUGGACUAAAAUCAACCAGGUGUUUCUUUGUAUAAGCUGAAUGUAAAAAUAAAGCUGUUAGUGUUGUGUUCAGCUUGUUUCUGCUGCCCCCUGCUGGCCAAAAACUCAGCUUUUGUAGGUUUGAUGACAGGUGCAAACAUCCAUAGACAUACAUGAAUAAAAUCUGUUUCAUUCAGCUUUAGGUUAGUUUUAGUUUAACAUGUAUGAAUGUCACUCUGAUCCAUCUCUGUUCAUACGGCCUGUAUGUCUUGUUUUUAUCAUGUGUGUUGUUUUUAUCACCUGUUUGUCAAACAGCAUCUGUACUGUGUGUUUCUCUUCUGUAUGUCAUCAUUCAUUAGCAAAUAAAACAACAACAGAUCACCUCAUGUUCAUCUGUUUGUCCUGAGUUAUCAUUCAGUCAAUGUGGUAAGUACGUUUAUUACGUCUGUCUUUCUUUCUUUCUUUCUUUUUUCUUGUUACUUUUUUUGCUUUCAUUCUUUCUAUCUUUCUUUCUUUCUUUCUUUCUUUCUUUCUUUCUUUCUUUCUUUCUCUAUCUUUUCUUGUUAAUUAGUAUUUUUUUUCUUUCUCCCAUUCUAUCUGUCUUUGUCUUUUUUCUGUCUUUAUUGAUUUUUCUUUUUCCUUUCUAAUGCUCCUUCUUUCUUUGUUGCUUUUUCUUUCUUUCAUGCAUUCUGUCUUUUUUCUUUCUUUCAUUUUCUCUCUUUUGUCUGUCUUUCUUACGUUGUCUCUUUUUCUUGCUUUCUCUAAUUUUAUUCUUACUUCCAUUCUACCUCUUUUUGUCCUCUUUCUUUCUUUAACUUUUUCUUUCUUUGUUUUUCAUGCUUUAUUUUUCUUAUUCCUUCUUUCUAAUCCUUUUGUUUCUUUCUUAACUUUUUUCCUCCUACUUUUCUAUCAUUUACUCUUCCAAUUUUCCUUACUCUUAUUUGUGUACAUCUUUCUUAGUUUACCUUUCUUUCUCCAUUAAGUCUUUAUACCGCGCACCUACCUCUCCAAAAAGUGUUUUCUUUCAUAACAAUUGUUAAUAUUAUAAAUAGAUGGUUUAUUGUUUAUUAUACACAUGCAAUUAACCUUCACUGCAUAUUGCUAAACAAUUGUCUACUUUUUUCCUCCCAAUAUAAAGUCAUUCGUUAGGAAACGAACUCCAUCUUACUCAUGUCAGGAUUAAGAAAAAGGAAGAAUCAUGACACAUUUGAAUACUUGGUGACAGAAAGAUGAUUCAUUAAGGAUUCACCUGUUUAGACUGUUUUUGACAUUUUCCCUGACUUGUGCCUGUUACCCUUUGACCUCACAGCUGUGCCGCUUCACCACUCCUGUCCCCCACCUCGCUGUCUACUCCGGCAUCACUGACUUCCCCUCUUCCACCACCUCGUCCUCUCUCCCUUUUCUUGCCAACACCCUGGUUUGUCAGUCCCCCAUCAGCCUGGCGUUGGACAGCACAUCGGCGUCUGAGCGGCGACCGGAGCCAAGUGGAGGCGAGGGCGAGGGGAACUCUGGGACUGGAGCCUCGGUGGUGGGUCAUGUGUCCAAGUCUCGCAUGGCUCUGUCUCUGCGUCGUCUACUGAAGCGAGGCUGCACCCCAUCCAAUAUGUUCGCCAGCCUGUCGCCCAAAUGCCACUCAGCUGCUGGGACGAGUAGCAGGAUUCAGCCAAUCAGCCCGGAUCAACCAAGUCAGGCUCCACCGAGACGGAUCGGCAAUUUUUUCCAGAUCAAAGUCGACAUCCCUCCUGAGUGUCGGAUCUACCCCAUAGAGUCCGAGGAUGAGGACGAGGAGCACAGAGCCGCCUCUCGGGGAGGAGGAGUGGGAGCCAAAGAGAUCAUCUGCCCCUGGGAGAGCCUCACCCCUCAUAACGGGACCGGCUAACAGAGUAAACUCACACAUGUCUAUAAAAGAUGGUGUUUUAAAUCUGUCUGUCUGAGCUGGCAGAUAUGACAGUGAGCUGAUAGAGAGAAAAGGUCUCGUAAGGAUCAAAUGUGGCCACAAACCAGUCUACAACACAAAUACCAAACACCCUUACAGACUGACGCACAACAUGUGGGAAAUCUCAAGAUGUGGCAGCAGACGUCACUGUAACAUCUCUGUGUUGUUCCUCUUGCAUCAAACACAGACUGCCGGUCGGCCUGGGGGUUUUAUCCUACCUGCAGCAUCAUCUUAUUUAAAAUCGGACUUUAAAAACUGUAACUUGAAACACCAGUGUAGCCCCCAAAUGCUAAGAAAUGUAGACCACACAACAAAAAAGGUCCUUUACCUGAGUUUGGCUCGCAUUUUUUACUUAUUAUUUUAAAAUUCAGUAUCUUUUUCUCUUAAUUUAAUUCGUUUUUUGGCUACUUGGCCGUUUCAAAGCUGCCUCAAACAGCCAUGAAUUAAAAGAAAACCCACAGUAAGCGUUAAUGUUGUAAUGAAGACUUCCUCUCAGGUUGUUAAAACUCUAAACAAGAUAUAAUGAAAUGAAAGUUGAUUAUAAAAAUGCUUAAGACACACCCUUUGCCAGCACACAGAGAUUGUGUUUGAUCACAUUUUCACAUACUAGAUGAAAGUAACAUAUUUAAUACUCAAAACAAACUAGAUUUUUGGUGAACUAUUCCUUUAAAAACAGCCUUACUAACAUAAACCCUGUACUGAUGUGAGCUCCGGCUGAGCCAGCUGUUUACAGUGAAUGUUGCUUUUGUCUGGCCCAGCUCAACACAGGACAUCAGGGUCUGUGAACAUCUAAAAGCUUUCGAACCUGAGCUGUAGCUUUCACAUUCAAACCUCAUUAAACCAACAGUAGCCCAGCAGCAGCAGCCUUACCCAACUUAACACACCUGAUAAGAAUGUGUUUUUUGGGAUUCAGAAGUUUUUACAAAGCAGGCAUGUGCACGGACAAUUUCUGAGAGCAGGGCCACAAAAUCACAAAAACUUUAAGGGCCUGUGUCCAUUUACAGCGUUUUUUUUGAGCUUGCAGCGCCUUGCAUACAAAACCAAUGCAGUUCAGUGUCCUCACAGCAAAAAUGCUCUCAGCACUGGACGUUGUUGUCGCUGUGCUGAAGUAGUUAAACUUAUAGAACACUGCUGCACUCUUCAAUAACACUUCUCCUGCACUGUCCAAUCAAAUUCACUGAAGGGACGGCUUAAAAUGUCGCAUGUCACAUCAUCACAGGAGAAACUAACUUGACAUAGAAGUGCUGCAAGACAACUUUUAUAACCCUGCAAUCAUAAGUGCAUGUCAGAAGUACUCUAAAAUUGAAGUUGUGGGUGCUUCCAGUGCAAACAAACAAACAAACAAACAAACAAACAAAACAGAAAAUGGCGUAAAUGGAAACAGGCCCUAAAUGAUGUAAAAAAUUACAAAAUAAAGUGUUUUUGUGAUUGUCAGGUAGCUAAAAAUAAAAGUUAUGUUGAUAAAGUCAUAAUACAAAAUACAUGUUUACAUCCUUUUUUAUACAUACGCCAAAGCACACAGAUAUAUUUAGACUGCCUGUGCACAUACCUGCUGAAAAUAUAGAAAAUGUAUUUAUAUAUUUAGAGUUAUGAUCUGUUUACUGGAGUAGAGAUGUGUUUUUGUGCUGCUACAUAGACUUAGAUGCCUCAUCCACAGUUUCCUUACCUCUGACACACUUUGUGAAAUAGACUGAUGUGCACUUUUCAUAACUGAGGAGUGGCUGCAUACUGAGGGUCAGCUGAUAGUUUUGUAUUUGGCUCCACUGCUGUUUUUGUACACUUUGUGUAGCGGUUGUGAACUGUACACUACCCUGAAAAGGUAUUGAUAGUUUUCUUACAUGUUGCUGUAAUUGGGAUGUGGGGGCAGUAAAAUGUGAAUUAACUGUCAGAAUGUAUUUACCUUGAUCAUGUUUACAGAAGCAAGAAUGUGAAAAACACCUUCAAUUUGUUGUAUUCGAUUUGUACAUUCCAUGGCUUGUGUCAAGUGCCUCAAUAAAUGACUGUCUUAACAUGA